GUCCAGAACAAAACACAAUAUAUUUCUUUUGCAUCAACCUACAGAAGGAGGCUUAAGUGACAGAAGGACAAAACUCUGCACCAAAGAUCAGUGUUUGUUACAAGUGGAUUUCAAAUGGAGUCUGCAGUGCCUGCAACCAUCUUCACCACUUCCCCAGUUGAUAAAAUUAAACCAAACAUAACCAACACCACAGAAGUUUCCUGUGAAUUUUCAGAGGUCUCUGCCCACCCUGUUUUCAUAUUUAGCUACUCACUAGUGUUUCUUGUCAGUGUAGUGCUGAAUUGCAUCACAAUGCGUGUGUAUUUCUGCACUAAUCAGCGUGUCCAGUCCAGUGUCACGGUCUACAUGAAGAACCUGGCCACAGCUGACUUCUUCCUUUGCCUUUGUUUACCUUUGCGCAUUGCCAACAGUGCUAACUAUUCCAUGACGAUACAUAAUAUUUACUGCAGCUUUGGAGCAACAGCCUUCUAUUUAAACAUGUAUGCAAGCAUUCUCUUCAUGGACUUUAUUGCUGCAAACAGGUACCUGAAGAUUGUUCGGCCAUUGGAGACUCAUGCUCUGCAGACGGUUCGUACUGCCCGCCACAUUUCCGCAGCUACUUGGCUCUCCUUGCUAGCCAUAUCUUCCAUCUACCUGAUUCUCUUUCUUCAGACCACCUGGGGUCAAAAGCUUGAUGAAUUUUCUUGUGAAUCCCAUCACAGUCUCGAGAUCAGCUUGGCCUACAAAAUCAUCCACUGUUCAUCCAUUGUAGUCUUCAUGUUUGUGCUAACGUCUCUGGUUUUUCUUUAUUGGAAGACUCUGCAAAAGAUCCGACAAGCUCAGUUAUCCACACAGACCACAUCUAACAGCCAUAAGUUUAACAAAUCUAAGCGCAACAUGCUAGUUCUAGUGGUAGUUUUCUGCGUGUGCUUUGUGCCCUAUCAUCUGGUGAGACUGCCUUACGUGUUCAGAAGUGAUUGUACAACAGCUCAAGCAUUAAACAUCCUGAAGGAACUGACUAUCUUGAUUUCAGUGCUAAAUGUCUGUUUCGAUCCUCUUAUAUACUUCAUCUUCUGCAAGGCCUUUAGAGCCCAGCUCAGGAAGAAGAAAGAUUUGCAAAGAUCCAGUGAAGAUCAAACAUGAAACAUAUACUGUAAUUUACUGAAAUAUCUGUAAUUUAUAUAUUUCAUUUAUACUUUAAAAAUUGUUUUGUCAAUGUCAAAAGAUCAACAAUUUUGUCUUUAUAUGAAUGUGAGAUGAAGACUACUCAUGAUAGUUUUCUAUAAUAAGUGUUUUAAUUAUGUAUGGUUUGGGUCACCCCUCUGAGUGUAUUUCGGCACGUUGACCUGCGGAGAAUCCUGAUGCUCAUUGGCUGCAGCCUUUGUAGAUACACUAGUAGUGUAACAAUCACCAGCUGGAGUGCCCUUGAUAGCCACCAGAGGGAACUCCACCCCCGACUAUUGCCACACCAUCAAGGAUUCACCCUGCAUCCCAAUGUGCAUACUAUCUCCGCUCUAAAUAGAAUUGAAUAUUACUAAUGUCACACACUAUUUAGGAUGGAUAGUAUGCACAUUGAGACGCAGGCUCAAUUUCCUAUGUUUCAUUAGCCAUAAUUGUUCUCAGGUGUUUGUCAUUAGCAUCAUCACUUCUACCUAUAAAAGCCAGAUUCUCUCUUUUACUUAUUGCUAGUUCAUUCUAACAUUUGUAGUGCAGUAUUUAUUAAAAGGGUAAUCCACAAGCAUAAUCUAAAAACAGGUAGAAGGUCAAAACCAGAGGGCAAACAAUCCAAGUCAAAACAGAGUCCAAGAUACAGACAAACAAAAAAAAUCCUGGGAACAUGCAGUGAACAAAAAGACCAAGAAAAUCAGGAGAGUGCUAAGAAAUGCAGUACAAACAUUAACAAGAUCAGUAACACUUUACAGUUAGGUUCAUUAGUUAAACAUUACUUAAUGUAUUAACCAAUAUGAACUAACCAUGAGCAAUACAUUUGUUACUGUAUUUACUAAUCUACGUUAAUGUUAGUUAAUGAAAAUACAGUUGUUCAUUGCUUGUUCAUGUUAGUUCACAGCGCAUUAACUAAUGUUAACAAGACUUUAAUAAUAUAUUAGUAAAUGUUGAAAUUAACAUUAACAAAGAUUAAUAAAUGCUGUAAAACUGCAGUUCGUUAUUAGUUAACUAAUGAAACUUGUUGUAAAGUGUUACCACAAGAUCUAGCAAUGAGUAAAUGAGAGAACCUAGCUUUUAUAGAUAGAGGUGAAGAUGCUAAUGACAAACAGCUGAGAACAAUCAUGGCUGAGGAACCCAGGCAAUGAACUAUGGGAAAUUGAGUCCUUGAUGGUGUGGCAAUAGUCGGGGUGGAGUGCCCUCUGGUGGCUAUCAAGGGCACUCCAGCUGUUGAUCGUGACAAGUAGCUAGUGGCUUGCAAUGGUGUUCUGAAAUGAGGAAGCCUCACUGUUUUGUUGUUGUUUGUGAAUGUUUCAGUUACACUUAAUACUGACACAUUCUUUUUUCAUAUUAAAUAAAUAAACAUUACUUCCUCUUUAAAAAAAAACAACCAAAACAAAUCUGUUUUGUAUUUUUACAAUAAUAAUGCAAUUAUUGUAUUAUUUAUUAAAACUAAGUAUAUUUCUCAAGUUUUCUUAUCAUUUUUAAAUUUAUUCAAAAAUAGUGAACAUAAGAACGCUGU